CUUUUUCCUUUCUUUAUGCUUACCAACAUGACAAGUUUGACAGAGUUUUGCAUCCAACUUCCCAAGGUCGAAGCUCAUGCUCAUAUCAAUGGUUCACUUAGUCCUCAAACAUUGCGUGAACUUGUGGCAAGAAAAGUAGAUAUGAAUCCUGAAUUGGCCGCGUUUACUAUCCCUGAUUCUUUAGAUCGUAUUGACGAUUUCUUCGCAUUGUUCAAGUUCAUUUACCAAUUAACCGAUGAUGAAUCGUCAGUAGCACAUGCAACAAAACGGGUAAUGGAAGAAUUUGCUGCGGAUGGGGUGCGGUACUUGGAACUAAGAACAACACCACGGGCCAAUCUAGCCAAGGGAAUGACCAAGCAAUCAUAUGUGAAAACGGUGGUAUCAACGAUCCAACGAGAUUGUCCAGGGACCAUGGUGACAAAAUUGAUCCUAUCGAUUGAUCGACGCAACACAUUGGAAGAAGCUCAAGAGACGGUGGAUCUGGCCAUUCAAUUCGCAAAAGAAACAAACAUGGUGGUGGGUGUGGACCUUUGUGGUGAUGUGAUGAAGGGAUCCUUUUUGGCUCUGAAACCGGCGUUUGAACGUGCUCAACAACAUCAUUUCAACAUUACACUUCACUUCAACGAAGUCAAGGAAAACAUCCCUGAAGCACCGGAUCUCUUAUCCAUUCAUCCUGAUCGUUUGGGCCAUGCUACUCUUUUGGAUGACCUUUCUCGUAACACCAUUUAUCAACGCAACAUCCCUGUGGAAAUUUGUAUGACUUCUAAUGUGUUUAGCAAGACCGUGGCCACUUAUGAACGACAUCAUGUCAAGGAACUCAUGGAUGAAAAGCAUCCUUUUAUCUUGUGUACGGAUGACAAGGGUGUGUUUGCUUCUGAAUUAUCAAAUGAAUACGUAUUGGCUUCCAAGACAUUUGGAUUGAAUCGUGAACGAUUAUUCGAAGCCUCUUUCAAGGCGAUCGAUUCAAUCUUUGCUGAUCAAGAAACAAAGGAUGAACUAAAGGCAAUAUGGUUGACGUGGAAAAAGGAUCACCAAUAUCUAUUUGUAGAAUAGAAUGUUUAUAUAUAUUUAGUUAGUAUGCCUGUAGCUUUGUUAUUUUGGUUAUUUAGUUUGGUAUAUUGAAGUGAUAUAUAAAAAUCAUUGUAUCAUAUAUACAUAAAUUGUCUUUUUGGGUGUCUCUAUCUAUGAA